AACGACGCUCGUUUCACUGCCACAGCAGGGCAAAGUGAAGAUGGCGGACUCGUUGGGGACCGGGCUGUCAGAUAAAAAAGAAUCCGAAAUUAAGGUCAAGAAGAAGGAAAACCUGUUGUGGGAUGAUGCACGGAGGUCGGGUAAAAUCGGUAUUACUCCAGAUCCGGAAACGUUGGGGUUUUAUGAUAUAAAUGCUGUCAGGCGGGAACAACAACGCGAUCUCUCAGAUCCGUCGCUGGGGCGCUUCAUGUGUGCGGAGCUCACGAGAGGCUACUUCCUGGAGCGUAACGAGGCAAAGUACACGGAGCGCAGAGAGCGCGUGUACACGUGCAUGCGCAUUCCCAAAGAGCUGGAAAAGCUCAUGAUCUUUGGCUUCUUCCUGUGUCUGGAUGCUUUCCUGUACGUGUUCACCCUGCUGCCCCUCAGAGUCCUGCUGGCCCUGCUUAGAGUCCUCACCCUGCCUUGCUGCGGCCUCCGAGCUCAUGUCUGCCCGUACUGCAGGAGGAGCAGCGGCUCGCGGCUGCUGCAGCCGGCCCAGGUGUGUGACGUCCUGAAGGGUCUGAUCCUGCUGCUGUGUUACUCCAUGAUGCACUACGUGGACUACUCCAUGAUGUACCACAUGAUCCGGGGCCAGUCCGUCAUCAAGCUCUACAUCAUCUACAACAUGCUAGAGGUGGCUGACCGUCUCUUCUCCUCCUUCGGCCAAGACAUCCUGGACGCGCUGUACUGGACGGCCACAGAGCCGAAGGAGAGGAAGAGAGACAGCCUGGGGGUCCUCUCUCACUUCCUCAUGGCUGUGUUCUACGUCUUCCUGCAUUCCAUCCUCAUCAUGGUCCAAGCCUCCACGCUCAACGUAGCCUUCAACUCCCACAACAAGUCUCUGCUCACCAUCAUGAUGUCUAACAAUUUCGUUGAGAUCAAAGGAAGUGUGUUCAAGAAGUUUGAGAAGAACAACCUGUUUCAGAUGUCUAAUAGUGACAUCAAGGAGCGCUUCACUCACUACGUUCUCCUGCUCAUCGUGUGUCUCAGAAACAUGGAGCAGUUCGCCUGGAACCAAGACCACCUGUGGGCGUUGCUCCCAGACGUCGUCAUGGUGAUCAGCUCAGAGGUUGUGGUCGACAUCGUCAAACACGCCUUCAUCACCAAGUUCAACGAGAUCACCGCAGACGUGUACAGUGAAUACCGAGCCAGUCUGGCCUUCGAUCUCGUAAGCAGUCGACAGAAAAACGCUUGUACCGACUACAGCGACUCUGUGGCCAGGAGAAUGGGCUUUAUCCCGCUGCCUUUAGCAGUUCUGCUCAUCCGAGUGGUGAUGACGUCUGUGAAGGUGCAGGGGGCGCUGUCCUACGUCUGUGUGUUCCUCUUCUACCUGGGGAUGGUGACUCUGAAGGUGCUGAACAGCAUCGUGCUACUGGGGAAGUCCUGUGUGUACGUGAAGAGAGCCAACAUGGAGGACAAGCUGUUUGGCCCGCCCGUGCCCCCCCCCUCCUCCUCCUCCUCGUCAGGGAAGACCCCGAGCAGGACCAGGACCAAGUGCCCCGCCCCCGCAGGUCAAGCCUGGGAAGAAAAGGCCCCCACCACCCCUGGCACCAACACCACCACCUCCUCCACCUCCUCCUCCAUCACCAGCCAACCCACAGCCAGGGCAGAAACAUUACCCAGUCCUUCCCAGGCAGCCCCCCUGGGGAGUAAGGACCCUGACCCUGACCUGGAGCCCCCCACCGCCACCCCGUCCCCCUCCACCAGCGAGGAGAAGGAGGAGACGCAGGAAGCCCCUGAACUCAAACCGCAGACCCCCAAGAAGGACCUGCUGGAGAUCGACCGCUUCACGAUAUGCGGGAACCGCAUCGACUGAGGUCGACGGGGACUGACUGAGCCGUCUCCCUGACGACCCCUGACCCCAGGGACAACCACUCAGAAGAGGCGACGAUCCCAAGCCUCCGCAGCCUGGCUCUCAAGGCCACAGUCAGCGUAACGAAGAGUAUUUAUUUGACAUUUAAACAAGUCUGGUAAGUUAUUGGGGGCUGGGGAAGGUGUUGAAGCCUCACCUGCUGGAGGGUUGGAGGCAUGGGAGGAGGCACAGUUCAGGGACUCCAGCCGGACUCUCCGGAUGGCAGGUGAAAAUGACGUCUGGGCCUGUCAGAGGAACCAGGGACCUGAGGUCCACGUUCUCUCGUAGCUAUGCGCCACGGAGACGGAGAACAAAACUUACAGAAGAAAAUCCAGAAGACUUACCUGACUACCUCAGAAGUUAAAUCUGGAGCCUUUUUAUUGUUUACACAAACAUAUUCUUUGAAAACCACAGUCGUUUGCCAACGGUACCAUUUUAGAACAGUCAGUUAGUAGGUGGUGAAAGAGUAAAUGACAACAUGCUUUUAACUCUCCUUUAAUUACAUGAAGGACACCUUUCCAGAAUACGGAUUUUCUUUGCACAAGGUUUUAAUCCAAGUAAUUUUCAAUUAGUAAAAAAAAAAAGAGCCUAAUAUAGAGGCUACAUUUACAAGGUGAUUAAGAGUUGUUUAUCCUGAGGACCCUUGUGUGAAGGCCUCUAGGGGUGGUGUUCAUCCCAUCGACCAUCUUCUGGUUUGUCGAGACAAUUUGCACUGAUGUACCCUGUUGUCUUAAACACGCUCAUAACAGUGAGUUGUUUGGAUAUUUCCUUUGACAUUUUCCGACACUUUUGAUGUUUACAUACUUUGGUUUUAAGAAGCAAUGCCGCCAAAACAUGGCGUCAUUUCUGACCAUGGCGUUUUGAGACCAUUUCCGUUGCAAUUUUCUGAGUGAAAGCGUCUUGCAAUCAUCUGGCUUAGCUUUAAAUUGGUAAAGUUAUGAAAUAUAAGCUUAUGUUUGUAGGCUUAUGUUUGCCAACCUAUAACAGUGACCAAAAAAUAGAUCAUACUGCAACCCUUUGAUUAAAAAACUUAUGUCAGAAUGUAAUAUUAAAUACAUUGUUGUACUGACUAUAGUGUAGGAUUUUAUAUUCAAAUACCGAACCAUAAAUUCAUUACUGCAAUGCUGAUAUCUCUUUUGUUUCAAGAGGAAUCAAAGCCACUGCUUGAAACCAGCUAACAGACUAAGCAGAAAUGAAGAAUUGAUGCCAGCAUGAAAAAGCACUUUGUGUUUCCUGCUAUUUUUAAACCACACUUUGCAUUAUAUGUGGGACUAGUCCCCUAUGUAACUUCACAAGUGUCGCUAGGAGACUAGUCCCCGUGGUAACUUCAUGAGAGUAGCUAUGACACUGUGUUAAAUAAUAAGAGGCUAUUGUAUCUGUUUUAUUGUACAUAAAGGUUGUAAUGGAUGUAAUGUAAGGUUGUAAUGAAAGGGGUUUUUACACUGGUAUUAAAGAUGCUCUUCUUGUGACGUCUUGUAAAGUGUGGCUAUUCUCAGAAAGAAGAGGAAGGUUGACAACGGCUUGUUAAUGCAUAUCAGAUUUAGUUUGAAGAAUAACUGUUUUAUUCUUUGCCAUUGUAAUACAGACAGUUAUAUUUUUUUGAGCUGUAAAUUGUAAUAUUAUUUUAUUAUACAGUAUUUUUGUGCAUGGAAAUUGUCACCACUGAACUUCCUCCUGGUACAUUUUCUAGUGUUCUUAUGCAAGCAAUGAUGGAACGGUUCAAUUAAUUUUCAGUUUGGUUCAUAAAGCAACGUUUAUAUAAAACUGCCCUCCUUUGUGGUAUGGACAACAAAAAAUCUAAUAAAAGUUAUUUUAUAAGUUC